UAUGUCCCCUGCUUCAGGCCCUGGGCCCAGGUGGUUACUCUUUUCCUUUGGAAUGGGACUGGUGUCGGGGUCCAAGUGUCCACCUAGUUGUCAGUGUCAAGCCGAGGAGGUGAUCUGCACGGGGACCCAGUUAACGGAGUACCCCCCUGACAUCCCCCUGAACACCCGGCGGCUCUUCCUGAACAACAACAGCAUCACCUAUUUGCCAGCCAUGAAUCUAGGCCUCCUCAGCGACCUCGUCUACUUGGACUGUCGGGACAACCUGAUCAGCGAGGUGAUGGAUUACACCUUCAUCGGGGUCUUCAGGCUCCUCUACCUGGAUCUCAGCUCCAACAACCUGAGCUGGGUCUCCCCGUACAGCUUCUCCAUGCUCAGCAACCUGGUGCAGCUGAACAUCUCCAACAACCCUCACCUGCUCGCUCUGAAUAAGUACACCUUUGCCAACACCAGCUCUCUGAGGCACCUGGACCUCAGGAACACCGGCUUGCAGACCUUGGACCACAGUGCCUUCCAAAACCUCCUCACCCUGCAGACCCUGUACCUGAGCGGGAACCCCUGGAAGUGCAACUGCUCCUUCCUGGACUUCACCAUCUACUUAAUCGUGACCCAUCUGAACCACCCAGAUGAUCAGAACGCCACGUGCGUGGAGCCCACAGAGCUGGCCGGCUGGCCCAUCACGCAGGUGGGGAACCCGCUGCGGUACAUGUGCAUCACCCACCUGGACCGGCAGGACUACAUCUUCCUGCUGCUCAUCGGCUUCUGCAUCUUCUCGGCGGGCACCGUGGCCGCCUGGCUCACGGGCGUGUGCGCCGUGGUCUACCAGAACGCCCGGCGCAAGUCGAGCGACGCGGAGGACGAGGACGAGCACGGGCAGCCCGUGGAGGUCAGCAGGCGCAUUUUCCAGAGAAGGUCGGACUCGGGCCAGGACGGCUUCCCUCACCGGCAAACGCAGUCUGGGCGCCAGGAAGACAAGUCUGUGUCCUGCCCACCACGGCGGGAGCCUGCACUUUCCCUGCGGACCCCACACCGAGAGCUCCGGGAGGGAGAAUCGCAGGCCCUACAUGGGCUCUAA